AUGGAUACUGAUAUGAUAGAUGAUAGUUUCACAAAUGAAGUGGUCAAACAGUUUUAUAAUAGCUCUGUAAAGAAAUCGUUUAACAGCAAUCAUGGUACCGAUAAAGAUCAACUGAAACAAGAUAUCUUAAUGACUGCAACCAGCGGUACUUUAAAUGAUCUACUUAAAAAGAACAAUAGCAAUAACAAUAACAACAACAACAACAACAGUAAAACCAGUAAUAAUGAUAAUAAUAAAUCAAAUCAAUCUGUUAUUAAACGUAUUGAAACAACCUAUAAUUAUUCGAAAACCAGAUUUUCAACGAGACCAAAAGAUAUCCUAGAGAGUAACAUCAAUAAAGAUACAAUAAAGACAACAGCUACAACAGCAACUAAUUCAGCAACAGCUAACGACGCAACCAUGAGACAAUUCAAUAAGAUCUACUAUGAUAGACUAGAGAAGUUCAGACCGAUUCUCUUUUCAUUGGCCGAGACAAAGUAUCCUGGCGUCAGCAUCAAUAAGAUUCUACACUUGAAGCCCGGUGAAGAAUGUAUAUUAAUUGGUACUCUCUAUAAAGAGAUGCCUUUGAAACCAAAUAUUUUGAAACAAUAUGCUCAAGAUAAAUCAUCGCUUAUCGAUGUUGGAGAUCUGCUGAUAUUAGAGGAUGAAACAGGUCGUGUAAAGUUGGUGGGUGACAAAUCAUUGGUAGACAGUCAUCUCACUGGUCUGGGUGUAGCAAUCAGAGGUGUUGGUUUGGCAUCUGCAGAGUUUGAAAUCAAAGAGAUUUUCACUCCUGGAUUACCACCACAACCUUAUUUAAGAAACUUCGAGAAACUAGAGGAUGAUACUUAUGUUUGUAUUGUAUCUGGAUUGAAUGUUGGCAAUCCAAAUUCAAUAUUGUCUACCAAUUUAUUGACGGAUUUUAUUAGUGGAAAUUUAGGAUCACCAAGUGAUCAAUAUUUCUCUUCUAGAAUAGCAAGAUUGAUUAUUGCAGGUGAUUCGAUUUAUAAGGAAGCAGAUUCACCAGAGAGUUUUAUGAAGUAUCGUACCAAACAAGAGAUCCAUUCAAGACAACAAAAGAUUGCUCUACCAAUUAAGGAAUUCGAUUCCAUCUUGGCUGAACUUUGUCAAUCUAUACCUGUAGAUGUUUUACCUGGUGAAAGUGAUCCAACCAAUCUAUCAUUACCACAAUUACCAUUGAAUUUCUGUCAGACACCAUUCAGUGUUCAAAAUGCAAAUUACAAUCCUGUUUCAAAUCCAUAUGAAUCUGAAAUAGGUGGUAGAAUAUUUUUAGGUACAUCAGGUCAAAAUAUAGAGAAUGCAAUUAGAUAUAUUAAUAUUCAAGACAAGAUCGAGUUGAUGCACAAGAUGUUGAUAUGGAGACAUUUGGCACCGACUGCACCCGAUACACUGGCAUGCUCACCACUGGAGCACGACCCAUUCAUUAUCGAGCAGUGUCCACAUGUAUACUUUAUUGGAAACAACGAUCGUUACGAGACAAAGCUGAUUCAAGGCGAAGAUGGUGAACAGAUUCGUUUGAUCUUGGUACCGAAAUUCGUUGAUACCAACACCGUCAUAUUGGUCAAUCUUAAAACACUAGAUACAUUCCCAAUCAUUUUCAAUUUCUAA